ACUCAAUAAUUUGUUAUUGUUCAUACGGAUGUCAUAUGUCAUCGUUGUAUUUGUAUUCGUAAUUGUUCAUCCGCAGUAUUGACCCAUUUCUGAUUGACACUACGGUAUUUCUAUUAUUUUGAAAUCAUUUCAAUUCCUGAUUACUUGAGCCUCUCUUUUUAUUGUUUCCACAACAAUAUGGGCUGUGAUGGAGGUACCAUUCCGAGAAGAGAUGAACUUGUAAGAGUGAAAAAGAAACCAGAAGCCAAGGAUAAAGAUGCUGAAUUGGCCUUUAGAUGGAGAUGUUGUACAAUUAGUCAGGAAAUUCUUCAAAAACCUAUUGUGGUUUGCCAUUUGGGAAAACUUUACAGCAAAAUGUCUCUUAUUGAAGCUUUACUGGACAGAAAUUCUCUACCAGAAUCCUGUAAACAUAUCAAGUCCUUGAAAGACGUUAAAGAUUUAAAAUUAACUGAAAAUCCUGAGUUCAUGAAAGAUGAAGGAAAAAAAGAUGGCUCUUUGGAUCACAGAGCAGCUCCUUAUGUUUGUCCAGUUCUCGGACUUGAAAUGAGUGGAAAAUUUAGAUUUGUAGCUGUUUGGUCAUGCGGAUGUGUAUUUUCAGAAAGAGCUCUUAAAGAAAUAGGUACCAAUAACUGUCACAAAUGCACGAAACCAUUUGUAGAUGAUGAUGUAGUCAUUAUUAAUGGAACUGACGAAGAUCUGGAGUUGAUGAAAAACCGAAUGAAUAUAAGGCGACAAAAAAAUAAAAAAAACAAAGAAAAAAAGAUCAAAGUAGAAGACACUAAUGAAGAUAUGAGUUCAGAACCUACAACGUCUAAAGGAGUGAAGCGACAUUCAAACUUUAUAAAAAUUGAAGAUAGUUCAAAGAAAUGCAAAAGUUCUGCAGAACCUUCUACAUUGUCAAAAAUCGGUAAUGUUGUUUCUGUGGGUACAGUAACUAAAGCAGAGGAAUUGAGAAAAAUGAAAUCUGAUUAUAGUGUAGCCAAAGAUAAGCAGGCGAGCAGUGUUUACAAAUCUCUCUUCACCAGUCACCAGUCCGAGAAAGACCAAGGUAGAGCUCAUUGGGUCACAUAUAAUCCAUUUUAUAAUUAGUUCAUAAUAAAAAUGAUAGUGUAUCUCACUUUCAUUGAAUCCUUAAUAAACUUUGUGUAGUGGACUAGAUAGUUUUGCUGAGUAUUUUUAAAAUGUAUGUGUACUUUGGCAUAUUGUAUAUUUCUAUUUUCAAGUACUCAUUGGAUACAAGUUCGUUUCCUCUAUAGGAACGUAGGACCUUAAAAGAUCUGUUAUUCAUAAACAAAGUCUUGGUAGGUUAUCUAAACUGUUCUAUUGUCUACUUUGUUAUUCAGAAUUCCAGUCGAAGCAACAUGGAAUCAUACUACUAGUGAUGGAUAUUUCAACCCAAUAUCACAACUCAUGUGGCUCGGAUUUUUUUAACUGUGGACUCAGGAAUUAGCUUUGCUCAAUUGAAAAUAUUCUUUAACUUUCUCCCCCUAGCACAUAAUUGACUUAUUUUUCUGAUUGACUCGGCCGUUACUUGAUGAAGAUCCAUAGUAAUUUCACAAACUACACCGGAAAUGAUUUGAUCUGUACAAAAUUAAUUUUUGAAAAUAUCUCAACAUGUUUCACUAUCACAGUAUCUUUUUCGUAGUAAAUAAACUUAAUCAUACUCAAUCAUAAUUACCUAAAGCAUCUUAUCAACUUUUAUAUACCUCAAGUACAUCCUCAAUUAUGAUUACCUAGCCCAUAUUAUAUCAACUCUACAUCAAUAAACUAGGAUAACAUCAGUUUCCAAGAAAACAAGUUCAUUAAUGGUGAUCUAUAUUUUACUGAAUGAACAACUGGAUUUAAAUAGAUAAGCAUUACUGAACUUGGUUUUCUUAGAAACUGGCGUUAUCCUAGUCUUCUUAGACAUUUUUUUCAUAAACUACACCUCACGAUUCGAUCUCCACAAACUUCAUUUGAAAAAUUUAUAUCACAUGUUUCGCUAAAACAGUAGCUUUAUCAAGUCAUGUGAGUCACUUGAUAAAGUGCCGAAACAUGUGAUAUAUAUUUUGAAAUAAAGUUUGUGGAGAUCAAAUCGUGAGGUGUAGUUUAUGAAAUUACUGAAUAUAUACCUGAGUAUGUAGUUCUCGCUGAUGAUUAUGUAAGGUAUAAAAAGUUAAGAGUCAUAGAAUUAAUUUUCAGUAUAUUAUUCACUACGAAAAAGCUACUGUGAUAGUGAAACGUGUCGUGAUAUUUUAAAAAAUAUAGUUUUGGAUAUGAAAUCAUUUCCAGUGUAGAAAUUACUUGACUUAUAUUGAAUUAUUAGGUUAGGUUGAAUUUGUAUCUAUUGUAUAAUGUUUAUGUAAAAAAGGGUUUAUUUCCUGUACAAAUAAAUAAAUGAAUCACCAGUUU